CGCCCUUUCAAAAUGCCGCCGAAGCAGUAGGACCUGCGACUACCACCCCUCCCCCCGGGCUCCGAGGGGGAGCGCCUCCUGGAGCGGCCGUAAGUUUUAUCAACAGACUGAAGUAUCUUCACUGCCAACAUGACAUCAUAUUCCACCUCUGCCCAGUGUUCAACGUCAGAGAGCGCUUGCAGGAUCUCUCCAGAGCGAAUCAGUCAGGUACGACCAAAACUGCCGCUUUUGAAGAUUUUGCAGGCAGCAGGUGCACAAGGUGAAAUGUUCACUGUUAAAGAGGUAAUGCACUAUCUCGGCCAGUAUAUAAUGGUGAAGCAGCUUUAUGAUCCGCGGGAGCAGCACAUGGUAUAUUGUGGUGGAGAUGUUUUGGGAGAACUGUUAGGACGUCAGAGCUUCUCCGUGAAAGAUCCAAGCCCUCUCUAUGAUAUGCUAAGAAAGAAUCUUGUCACUUUAGCCACUGCUACUACAGAUGCUGCUCAGACUCUCGCUCUCGCACAGGAUCACAGUAUGGAUAUUCCAAGUCAAGACCGACCGAAGCAAAGUGCACAGGAGGGUUCCAAUGCCAGGAAAAGAACCGAAGAAGGUGAUGCUCACACACUGCCUACCUCACAACAUAAACACAAAAAUUCUAGAGGAGAUGAAGACUUGAUAGAAAAUUUAACCCAAGAUGAGACUUCUAGGCUGGACCUUGGGUUUGAGGAGUGGGAUGUAGCUGGCCUGCCUUGGUGGUUUCUAGGAAACUUGAGAAGCAACUACACACCUAGAAGCAAUGGCUCAACUGAUUUACAGACACAUCAGGAUAUAGGUACUGCCAUUGUUUCAGAUACUACAGAUGAUUUGUGGUUUUUAAAUGAGUCAGUAUCAGAGCAGUUAGGUGUUGGAAUAAAAGUUGAAGCUGCUGAUACUGAACAAGCAAGUGAAGAAGUAGGGAAAGUGAGUGACAAAAAGAUGAUUGAAGUGGGAAAAAGUGAUGACCUUGAGGACUCCAAGUCCUUAAGUGAUGAUACUGAUGUAGAAGUCACCUCUGAGGAUGAAUGGCAGUGUACAGAGUGCAAGAAAUUUAACUCUCCAAGCAAGAGGUACUGUUUUCGUUGCUGGGCCUUGAGGAAGGAUUGGUAUUCUGAUUGUUCUAAGUUAACUCAUUCUCUCUCCACAUCCGAUAUCACUGCCAUACCUGAAAAGACGGAAGAUGAAGGAAUUGAUGUCCCUGAUUGCCGAAGAACCAUUUCAGCUCCAGUUGUUAGACCUAAAGAUGUUCGUGUCAAGGAAGACAAUUCCAAACUAUUUAAUCCUUGCAGCUCAGUGGAAUUUUUGGAUUUGGCUCACAGUUCUGAAAGCCAAGAGACCAUCUCAAGCAUGGGAGAACAAUCAGAUAACAUUUUUGAGCAGAAAGUAGAGACAGAAAACAUGGAGGAUUGCCAGAAUAUCUUGAAGCCAUGUAGCUUAUGUGAGAGAAGACCACGAGAUGGAAACAUUAUUCACGGGAGGACAAGCCAUCUUACCACCUGCUUUCACUGCGCUAGAAGACUAAAGAAGUCCGGGGCCUCAUGUCCUACGUGCCAGAAAGAGAUUCAGUUAGUCAUUAAGGUUUUUAUAGCAUAGCUGAAUCAAUUGGGAAGUACUAGAGGACCAGGUCAUGUCUCAAAACAUCAGUAUUGAGCCUGUUCGCUCAGUAUGAUCAUUCCUCAUGUUUAUUUAUUCAUGUAAACAUCUGCGUUCUGGGUCACUUUUGCUUAUACACUUAGGGAAUUUGAGAGUGAGUAGGUUAGAACUAGAUCAUCAGUUUGGGGACUUCAUUAACCUGAAAAGAUUCAUAAGCUACUUCAUUCUCCCUCCAAAGAUGAAGGUCUGGGAGGAAACAACUACCAGUAUAAACUUAAGUGUAUUUAUUCAUUCACUGAGCAAAUUAUUUGGAGACUAAUUCUUUAGUUGAUUUUGUUUCUUCCUCUUAAUGUAAUUUUCUGGCACUAAAAUCCAAGGUAGUUAUUAGAAAAAUACUGGGGCUAACACUGAAAAAGCAAGUUAUCUGAUUUGUCAAAUUACUAAGUCCUGUGAAUCACUUUGUGAUAUAGUAAGGCUGCUUAGUUCCGAUAAACCAAGAAGGAAAAUAUUUUUGUUUUUUGCUCUUUGCGUGCUGGGAUUAAACCCAGGGCCUUGAUGUGCUGCAUCACUAAGCUGUGUCCUUUAUUGUUCUUAUAAAAGUCAGGAUCUCACUGUGUUAGCCAGGCUGCCUCUCUGUCUUCUGAACAGCUGGGAGUACAGGUUCUUUUUUUUUUUUUGGUACCAGGGCUUGAACUCAGGACCUUGCACUUGUGAGGCAGGCACAACGCCACUGAGCUAUAUCCCUGGCCCUAGGGACUACAGGUUCUUGUCACCGUGCCCAGCUCAAGAAAAAGAACUCAAAAUAUAAGAGAUUUCUUCCCAUGUAUGCGUUAGUCAGUGGUUACCAAACAAUUUUGUAACAUAGCCCUAAAAUAAUUUUAGAAACUAUAUUUAGCUUUUUAAAAAAAUUUUUUUAAGUAGGCUUCCUAUGUAUUUCAUUUCCAGAAACACCAUGAUACAUUAACCAGUGCCAUAGGCCUACACGUGUCAGACCAUUCUUAUCAUUUGUUUUGUUUCUGUGUCCCUUACAAGAAUAUUGUCCACCUUGCCUUUGAUGUUUGAGCACUGACACUUGACCCCUGCCACCCUGGAUCCAAUUAAACCUAUUAAGUAAUUGCAACCCCAAGAAAGUAUAUAUUACGUUUUGCACAUUAAAAAAAAAAUCUAGGUAUAGUUAACAUAUAAUGAAGUGUUGCUUUUGGGUGUGUUGGAGAAAUCUAAGUAACCGUUCCAAGUUAUAGAACGUUCCUGUCUCCCCAAAAUAACCCCUGUACCCCUGAGUUUCUAGCAGUCCUUUAUUUCAUGCCUGUCCUCCUAGAUUUCCUUUUGCACAUCUUUGAUAUUUGAGUUUUUUAAAUUGAAGUACUUACAAAGGAUGUACCAUCCAAAAUUAUGCAUUUUAUAUAUGUGCCUUGAUCAAACUGGGCAUGGCAGCACCUGCCUGUAAUCCCAGCACUCCAGGAAGCUGAAACGGUAGGGUCACAAGUUCAAGCCCAGUCUGGGGCAACUUGGUGACAGACAUAGAACAGGAAGGGCUGGGAAUGUAGCUCAGUGUGAAGGCCUGGGUUCAAUCCCCAGUACUACAGGGGAAAAAAAGUCUUGCACCUGUAUAUUUACUGAUUAUCAGUAAAUUAUAGAAAAAGGCUGGUCAUAUAAACUGGCAGAGUCUAUUCUCAUUUCAAAAUUAAUCAGCCAAAAUAGACUAAACUUUUGUCAGUAUUUCAGUACAUGCAUAAGCAUGGGAUUCUUGGCACAGCCUUCUCAGUUACCACUUCUUUUUUUUGUGUGUGUGGUACUAGGGAUCGAACUCAGGACUGUGCACUUGCGAGACAGGUGCCGGAACCACUGAGCUAAAUUCUCAGCUCUCAGUUACCACUUCUGAAGAGAAGCACAGAAUUUUUAACCGAACUCUCCUCUGUUUUUUUGCCCUGAAUGUCUGUUGGGAGCCCUCCAGGUGUUUUGGUCUCUGCCUCUGGAGUUCACACUCGAAGGCAGUAGCCUGCAGUAGCAUUCAGAUGAGUAGUAGGGGUUACAGUGUUUGUGGAAAAGGAAGUAAUUAAGAUAAAUGAAUCUGUAAUUCUCUUCAGUAAUCUUAGGCCACAUCAGUUUUAGGAAAGUACAGAAAUUGAAGAUCUUCAAGUUGAUUUCUUUAUUGCCAUUUAUGUCUGCUUAAUGCAUAGAAGAGUGGUGUAUCCCCAGGGGUAUGAAUUACCUCACUGCAGACAGAGGUCCUAGGAAGUUGGCCUUGAGUUGUAAGAAUCUGGGGUUCUUUUUUUCUUCUUUUAUAUAUACAGUUUUUCUAAUUUUUAUUUUUUAUUUUAUUAUUAUUAUUAUUAUUAUUAUUUUUGUACCAGGGAUCAAACUCGGGUCCUUGCACUUGCGCAGCAGGCAGGGAAACCACUGAGCUAAAUCCCCGACCUGGGGUUCUUGUUAAAAGUGCCCAAAUCCCCAGAAACUGACUGAUCCCCACUCUCCAAGGGAGGGCUUUUCUUCCCUACCAUUGUAGAUCUUCAGCAGAAAGUAGAUAGAACUGGAUGUCUUCUUAUAUUUAGUUUCUAGAAGGGAAAUUUUCUUAACAUUUUCUGAGUUUUAAAACUAUAAAGCACUCAAUUAUUUAGUCCCUCUUUUCACAUGAAGCCACAUGACACAGCUUAGUGGUAGAGGUAUUACUAAAAUCCAAGUGUCGUGACCAGUAAAUCUUUUAUAAAUACUUGUUUCUCCCUCCCACUUUUUGUUGUUGGUACUGGGAAUUGAACUCAGGACCUUGCGCUUUUUUGUAGUGGUACUGGGGAUUGAACCCAGUGCAGUCUCCCUGAUCUACAUCCACAGCCUUUAAAAUUUUUUUUUUUUUUUUUUUGGUACUGAGGAUCGAACUGCGGUCCUUCUGCUUUCGAGGCAGGCGUCAGGUGGUGGAACCACUGAGCUAAAUCCCUGGCCUGCCUUUUAAGUUUUUUGAGACAAGAUCUCACUGGGUUGGCCAGGCUGAGUCUGAUCUCAGUCCCCCUGCCUCACCCUCCUAAAGUGGUGGGAUAACAGGUGUGUACCAUCCUGUUUGUUAGAUAUUUUAAGAUAGGGCUUGUUGAAUGUGAGACAACUAAGAAGCUUAAAAUACAGCUUUAGGGACUGAUUUGUAGCCAAAAUGAGACUAGAGAGAACAGUGACUUUUAACACUUUCUCCUAAAAGAGAAGACUGUAAAUGUCAGUGUUAGCUAAUCAGAACAUUUACUCCCACUGUGAGAACAAAUAAAGUGAUGGAGUGACCUGAACAUUGUGUCCUGGUUAGUGAAGCUCAAGCCUGGCUUUUCAGGAUAUAAGGAUAAGUGUUUCCCCCUCAUAAGCAAAACUAUUCCUUUGACUUAAACUGUGAGAGCACGGUGAAUAGUCUAAAAUUUUAAAAUUAGUUUUUUCCCUAUCUCCUUCCUGCAGCACUCUCCUCAUAAUAGAUAGUGUUUUGUUUUUGUUUUUUUUUGAUACCGGGGAUUGAACUCCCGACCUUGCGCUUUCCAGGCAGGCGGCGGCACCACUGAGCUAAGUCACCUGCCCUUGUUUGAUUUUUAUUAGGCCCUUUUGUAAGUGAUAAACUGGAGUACUGAGAAAAUUAGGGAACUGCAGUUAUACCUGUGAUCCCCUUAUGUAAAUUUGCAGGGUUUUUUUUAUAUGUAAGAACUACACAUCGUAUUUAUGUUGGUAGAUAUGUAAUGGUAACGUUGAUACAUCUUUACCAGCACAGAAUCCAUGUAGGCCACUCAGCCUUCCUUUUUUUCCUGUUUACUUAUCUGAGUUUUUCACUAGCUCUCUUAGUACCAAGUACUUUGCUUAGAAGAUGUGAGUGUAAGUUGUUUUGUGCUGCUGGGAUAUAUGUUUGAGCCAAACCUUGUGUUUACCUGCAAGAAACUUCAACCCAUCUUCUUACUCUUGUUUUUGUCCAUCCCCCAAAGUGGAACACUCCCCCCACACACGCUUUUAAGACUUCACCUUGCUAAGUUGAUCAACUGCCCUGGCUGAACUUAUGAUCCUCCUGCCUCAGCAUUUCUGGAAUUAUAGUCAUGUGUCCGCACACCCAGAUGGUUUUGUUUUCUUUCAAUUCAUUUUAAUUUUUUUUGGUACCGGGGAUCGAACUUGGGACCUUGUGAGGCAGGCAGCUGAACCACUGAGCUAAAUCCUCAGCCCUUAUUUUGAUUUUUUUUGAGACAGGAUCUCACUGUGUACUUCAGGUGGGGCUUGAACUCACUAUGCAACCCAGGCUGACCUCAAACUUGCGGUGAUUCUAGUGUCUCAGCCUCCAGAGUGUUGGGAUUACAGGCCUGCGCCAUGACCCUCAGCUUUGUUCUUCUUUCAUUGUUACCAGGUUACAGAUAUUUUUAUUCUCUCCCACUAAAGCAAGUCACAGUUUGUAUGUGAAAUCUUUAAGAAGUUUCCUUGUGUAGGGUAUACCCCCAUUCAUCUCUUAGUUGUAAUCAUGGGAACAUAAUGCUCUGGUUUUCCAGGGUCCGUGCCAGUUUGCCUCUGCUUUUCAGCACCCUACUCAGUUUAUCACCAUCUUACUCCUUUUAUUUUCAGAUGUCUUCAUUUUGACAUUAAUUGUAUGGUCACCCUAGUUAGUGGUGAGCCAUGCUUGAGUCAAAAUCUUGAUUGUGAGGAAGUGCUUUUAAAAUAGCUGUUGAAGGGCUGGGGAUUUAGCUCCGUGGUUCUGCUGCCUGCCUCAAAAGCACAAGGACCCGAGUUUGAUCCCUGGUACCAAAAAAUAAAAAUACAUAAAUAAAAUAGCUGUUGGAGUUCAGCGCUUUCUGCUGCAUCAUGCCGUAGAUUGAAUAAUGAAAUCACACCACAUUAGCACUAUAUUUCUUAUUUUAGAUAUCACUUAGGUUAGUAUUUAUGAUCCUGUUAUCUUGGACAAAAGGUUCAGAGCAGAGAUGAUAAAUCAUUAGAAAAGUGUUUCCUAGAUUACAGCAAAAAGACUCUUGCCUCACACAGUUACUAAGUCAUUCUCCUUACAGUGUACUUAACAGUGAUUGUAUGUUUUGUAUUUAGUACUUAAAUCGGACUCAAACUGUAGAUGAAGCCUUACAACAGGUCUCACCAUUUCUCCAGAGUCUGUCUAGGGACAGCCCAGGUUUCCAGUGGCAGCUCGAGCAGUCCAUGGGAGUCCAGCCAGGCCAGCCUCCAGUCCGCCACGAGCUUGUGCCAAGUAAACCGACUCACUGCUAAGCAUCUGAUAUAAUGGGAUUGUGUUUUAGUUACAAUUUAUUACACUUAGUUGUAUGUUGUACUUUGUAGAAUAUUAUUUGGAUUGAGGUAUUUAAAUUUGAAGCUUUCUUAUGUGUGCUCAUUUGUGCAACAUUGGCUUCUUUAAAAAGUCAUUCAUCCCAAGUUUGAUCCCUGGUACCAAAAAAAAAACGUCAUUCACGAGAAAUGGGUGAAUGUUCCUGGGUUCUACAAAGCCAUUGUAAUGUUAGCUCGGUUCACUUUAGAAAGGAGGAAACUUCACUAACCAGCUGUUUGGUAUUUUUAUUUUAUUUUUUUCUGCAGAGUUAUGUGAACUUCUGAAAGUACAUAGCUUUAGAUACUGUGAAUCUGUUGUUUCCAUUUAGUCUAUUAUGGGCUUAAAUUGUUGAGACCCACACUCUAGGGAAGAGUUCCUUUUGCUGGUCCCUUGUUUGUGAGGGUGCAUGUAUGUGCACCCACAGGAUCAAGACCAAGACUACUUCUGUGGAAAAUGGCUGUAAACUGGGAGCCAGCUGUGUUUAGAAUCUGCACUUCAGAGAUACAGGAACCUGCAAGCUCUCCCCUGUGCCAAAAGUAAAAUGUACAGUGUUUACAAAUGUCAGAAAAUUUGCACUGCCAUAGGGAAUGGUGAGGUUACUUUGCUGGAAUUUCUCAGAUUUAUGAGUAGACAGCUGGAGUUUAGCAUAGGAGAAGAAAUGUUGAGGACCCUAAGCUAAACUGGAAGUGAGCAUCUGAGGUAGUGGUUAAGGUGGCUCUGUAGUUUGGUGACAGUUUUCUGAUUGUUUUGAGAUGUUCUUUCUGUUGGCCCAGCUCAGCUUGUUACCUACCAUGGCUGUACCUGCAUUCUUCCUUUUCAGGAGUCACUGUGUAUCCGGUCCCGUAGGAGAGGGUUAAAUGAGUUUGGUUGAUGUAAUGAAUGUGCAAUCCAAGGAAUGCCAUUACUAGUGAAUGUGGCAUUAUUAAAGAAACUAUUUUAGCAAACCUACACUUGUGUUUGCUGAGCCUUCAUCAGUAGUCUUUUGAAUGACUGAAAGUGUUACAGAGAAAGCCGCAGGUCUGCAGGAGGUGGCUAGUAUUUCUUGGUAGUCCACUGAGAUCCACCGUGCCACAUCCCUGGCGAUUGUCAUUCCUGCACACAGGGUCUUCAUUUAAUGCCUUCUGGGAGUGCCGCACCACGGCUGGUAGGACCCCCACCGUCACCCCACCCUAUUUUUUAAAGUGGAGAUGUCAGAGAUACCUUAAAAGGGCCAGGUAGCACAAUCAGAGCAGUUGCUUUCUUAGACAGUUGCUAUAAUUUGGCAAAUGCUUUAUUGAAAAUUAACAUUGCCAUUAUAUCACUUGAGGAUUUGUCAGAGCAUUUAAUUUCUUAUCCAAAGAUUUUACUGUGUUUAGAAAACAGUAAGUACUCUGAUGUCAACAGAUAUUUCCCCUUUAUUCCUCCCUUACUUUUCCUCAUAGGUCCUCUUAGUUCAAAGUUACCUGUUUCUGGAUUUUUUGUUGUUGUUGCUUUGGUUUUGGUUUUUUUGAGAUAGGCUAUUGCUGUGUUGUCCAGGCUGCCCUUGAACUCAGUAUGUAGUCCAUGUUGGCCUCAAACUCACGGUGAUUCUCCUGCCUCAGCCUCCCAGGUGCUGGGAUGACAGGUGUGCACCACCAUGUGUGCUCCAGCCCUAGACUUCUUAAGUGUUAGCUUUUGUCAUUUGAAAAUUAGCACCCACACCUGCCUUUUCUACCUCAUAGUGUAUUGUGGAGAUGAGCAAUUUUAAAACCUGGAAUUGCCUGAAGAAGACACAAGAAGCUGUUGUACUCUUGGUAAAAAGCAAGCUCUGGGUGAAUGCUCAGUCCCCUGUGUCCUGGAAGCGGCACCAGUGCUUCUUUAUGCCGGCCCAGCAGGGCCAGUGUGGCCUACUGUGACCUUUCAUCUGUGCUUCUGGCUCUGUCCUUUCAUUAAGGCCUUGCUGGGGAUUGAACCCCAUACUCUUCACACUAAGCUACAUCCCCAGCCCUUUUUAAACAUUUUUAUGUUUUAAAUUUUUGAGACAGGGUCUCACUAAGUCUCUUAAGUUGCUCAGGCCAUGCCUGAGCCUGUGAUCCUCCUGCCUCAGCCUCGCAGAGUGCAGGGAUUACAGCCGUGCACCACCACGGCCAGCUUGCUAAGAAACUUGAUUAGAAAAGAGUUGUGCCUCCAGGUGUUCUGAGAGAAGCGUGUGUGAGCUUGGGGAAUGGAUUCUAUCCUGAGAACUGCCUUGCUGUGGUCUGAGUGUACAGAAACCCUUUCUGUGUAUACUUGAGUAAGUGCACUGCCAGUACCCAGAACACACGCAGUUUCCACUAUUUCUAAUGAGAGUCACAGCCAACAGGAGCAGCAAAUGAGGUUUCCUGAAGUGGAAAAGAAAAGGCAAUUUAAAACGACUUGGAAUAGUGGUCCACUUACUAAACAAGGACAGACAUUGUCACGUGUGCUCGCAUAAUUUUCAUAAACUCCGCCAAGCCUGUAGCUCUAUUUUUGGUGUUUGCACUAUGUAAUGCUUUCAAUGCUUCUUGACUUUAUUGUGUUUGUGUAUUAAAUAUUUUUAUUUUCA